CAGCAAUCUCUCACAACACACAUUCGUUUGUUAAGCUCGUGAUAAAGCAACUCGGGUUUGUUUUCUAGCGACAAGGGGAAAGGAAGGAAAAUGGUGUUCAAAUUCGCCACCUUCGAUCCCACCCAAGAUCCCAAUGAUUUCAACCCGGCUUUUCCACCUACUCCAUCAUCAUCACCCUCGGUAACACUCUGUCAGCCAUGCGAACACACCUACACGUUCACCAAAACCAUCGUCAGCCGACUUGUUGCUGCCGGUGCUUCUCUUGUCUUGAGAGCCCCAACCUUUGCAGUUGAUGGUCGUGAGAUUCGAGACCAAUCCGCAGAGACGCCAUUACAUAGUAUUCAUUUCGAUGUCCAUCCAGAAUUUGGCCAAAGACAGCUUAAAGAAUUUACUCUGAAGGAGUUGGAGGCAGCUACCCAAAAAUUUAGCGACAAGAAAGUUUUGGGCCAAGGUGGAUUUGGCAAAGUCUAUGAGGGUCAGCUCUCUGAUGGCUCUCUAGUGGCAAUCAAAAGAUGCGGUGCACAAAGCAAUCAAGGUAUCACAGAGUUCGAAAGCGAAAUAAUGGUGGGCAGGAUCCUACCCCCACGUCACAAUCUGGUUUCCAUGCUCGGAUUUUGCAGAACAUCAAAAUGCAAGGACUUAUUGCUCGUCUACCCUUUGAUGAUCAACAAAAGUGUGGACCAUUGCUUGAGAGCGAAGCCCAAGACACGACCCCCGCUGGACUGGCUAACCCGCAGAAAAAUAGCCCUGGGAGCUGCGAGAGGGCUGUCCCGUCUGCAUGAUCUGAACAUUGUGCACCGAGACAUCAAACCUUCAAACAUUUUGUUGGAUGAGGAAUUUGAGCCUCACAUUUCAGACUUUGGGUUGGUCAGGUUCACCAAUCGCAGGCACGGUGAAUACUCGGUGGAUGGCAUCGAGGAGGCACCUGUACUUCCGAGGAAUGAAUCCGAAGCAGCAUCCCGCAUUGAAGAUUCAGAUUCCUAUUUCACGACUAGGAUAUGUGGCACGUAUGGAUAUAUGGCGCCAGAAUAUGGGUUGCGGGGGAAAUACUCGGUGAAGACCGACGUCUUUGCAUUUGGGGUAGUCCUUCUGCAACUCGUGACCGGACAAAGAACUGUGGUACCAGCAGCGAGUGCAAAGGAGUACGACAUGGUGUUAUCCGAUUGGGUAAAGGGACUUCUGGCAGAGCGUCGAUUGGAAAUUUUAGUCGAUCCCAAUCUGCAGGGUAAGUAUGACGAGGAGAUAGAGAAAGUGAUCCAGCUGGCUCUAUUGUGCACCCACACGCUCCCAAGAGGACGACCAUCCAUGGCACAAGUAGUCCGAAUACUCGAAGGCCAUAGCAUCGAGGAGAGAUGGGAGGAGUAUCGUCGCUCUGAGGAGUAUCCGAUGCACUCUGAGGACGUCUCUUCGCUAAAUCUCAUAGAGUUCUCCGUACUCAGUCCCGUAGAGUUGUCCGGACCCAGAUAAUCCAUUUUUGAUGUAACAAUACAAUCUUUAUUACAUGGAUCAAGCUCUUAAAAAGUAUACUUAAAUGUUUGGGGGAGAGUUACC